ACCAGUGUAGAUAGCCAGAAGAUAAGAUAUCUUCUCUGGACCGAUACUCUCAGCAGCAAGAUAUGGAGUGAUAAGAUGGAGUUGUGCUUAGUAUCAUGUGCGGGGUUAUGCCAAUGCGUUGGUCUCCCUCCAGAUAAAUAGAUCCAAUCUACUGAACGAAUCCACAUCCUUACUUUUCUCAAUCCACCUGCCCCCUCCACUAAAUCCUCCUCAACUCGCUCGCAUCGCAUCCAAAAUGACAGACCCUCUUCCGCACGUCUCCAACUGGAUUAACGGCGCCCACACAGCAGCGAACAGUAGGCGCAUCACGAUCAUCAACCCCGCAACCGAGACAGCCAUCGCAACCAUCGACGCCACACCCCAAGAAACCAUCAACGAGAUCAUAGACACCUCGCUGCAAACCUUCCGCACAGGCAUCUGGUCGCGCGCCGAUCCAUCAGACCGCUUCGCCGUCCUCUCAACAGCAGCCCGACUCCUCCGGGCGCGCAUCGCAGAAUUCAUCGCCCUUGAAACGCAGCAAACCGGACGACCGAUUCGCGAGAUGCGAGCACAGCUAGCCCGCGUCCCGGAAUGGCUAGAAUACUUUGGGGCGCUGGCGCGCGUGCACGAAGGCCGCGUGACACCCUUCAAGGGCCCCGUCGUGAACACGCUGACGCGGCUACCGCUGGGCGUCGUCGCGCUGAUCACGCCGUACAACCACCCGCUGCUAAUUGCGAUGAAGAAGAUCGGCGCCGCGCUGGCAGCCGGCAAUGUCGUGGUCGUCAAGGCGUCCGAGCUGGCGCCGUUGUCCGUGCUGAAGAUGGGGUUGCUGUUCAAGGAGGCCGGGCUGCCCGACGGGGUGCUGCAGAUCGUCAGUGGGUAUGGGGCUGAGACUGGCAAAUAUCUGUGCCAGAGUCCCCGGAUCGCCAAGAUCGAUCUCACCGGUGGUCUGGCGACGUAUAAGGCCAUUGCGGCUGUCGCGGCGGUGAAUCUCGUCCCCAUCACUGCCGAGCUGGGCGGGAAGGCUCCCGUGUGCUUGUUUCCCAGUUUGGAGGUCGAGACGGCGGUUAAGGCGGCGUUGUUCGCGGGCUUUAUUGCAAGUGGGCAGACUUGCGUGACUGGGAGUCGGUUGUUGGUGCAUGCGGAUCUGUAUGAGGAGUUCAAGGGAAUGUUGGAGAAGAGGGUCAGGGCGUUGCGGGUGGGCGAUCCGACGGAUGUGCAGACGCAGAUUGGGCCGGUGAUUUCGAGGGCUGCGGUCGAGAGAUGCGAGGCGUUCGUGGAGCGUGCUGUGAAAGAGGGUGGGAGGGUUGUUUGUGGUGGGCGUCGGACUUCGAAUCGAGAUGGGAAGGGGUUCUACUUCGAACCCACGAUCAUCGAGACGCAUCCUGACUCGGAUCUGGCCUGUAAUGAGGUUUUUGGUCCGGUCAUUGCCUUGCUCAAGUGUGAGUCGGAGGAGCAGAUUGUUAGCAUUGCGAAUAGCACGUCCUUUGCGUUGGGGGCUUCGGUCUGGACGAACGAUUUCACUCAGGCUCAUCGCGUUGCAGAACAGAUCGAGGCGGGGAUUGUGUGGAUCAAUGGCCACCACUUGAAUGACCCCUCGUCGCCCUGGGGUGGGUUCAAGGAGAGUGGGAUCGGUAAGGAGAAUGGCCAGGAAGCUUACGAGAGCUACACCAAGCUCAAAAGUACGGUCAUCAAUCAUGGCGUUCCUCCUGUCUGGUUCGAUGACGAGCCUAAAGACGCGCGCUAUGGCUAGAGUCGAUGCCAUGAGGUAGAUUAGAUUCAGGUUAGCUUGAAAACCAUGCUUGAUCGUUCUGUCCUAUGAGACUCAUUGUUCGUGGCUACUCUCUGUAACUUAUCAUGCACCUGCAU